AUGCUUUCUCAGCAAGACACCAAGCUCGUCUACACCUAUGACGCAGAGAAGCUCUGGAUCGAGCCCUGGGGCGACAAUGCGUUGCGCAUCCGCGCCACCAAAAGCCGCACGAUGCCCUCGGAGGACUGGGCCCUCAUCACCCCCGCGGCCCCUACAACGCAACCCCAGAUCACCGUCUCGCGCGACUCGGCUUUCCUCACCAACGGCAAGAUCAAAGCCGUCGUCUCGGCGCGCGGAAAGCUGACGAUUCACAACGCCGUCACCGGCGCCCUCCUCCUGGAAGAGUACGCGCGCAACCGGCGCGACGUGCGCGACCCCAAAUGCAGCGCGCUCGAGGUUGAGGCGCGCGAGUUUAGGCCCGUCCCGGGGGGAUCCGACUACCACCUGACGAUGCGGUUUGAGAGCGUCGACCCGGACGAGAAGCUGUUCGGCAUGGGCCAGUACCAGCAACCCUUGUUCGACCUCAAGGGCGCCGACCUCGAACUGGCGCAGCGCAACUCGCAGGCGAGCGUGCCCUUCUUGCUGUCGUCGCGGGGCUACGGCCUGCUGUGGAACAACCCUGCCGUGGGCAGGGCGGUGCUGGGGAAGAACGUCAUGAGCUUUGAGGCGUACUCGACCGGGGUGUUGGAUUAUUGGGUCGUGGCCGGGGAUGCGCCGGCCGAGAUUGUCGAGCGUUACGCGGAUGCCACGGGCAAGGUGCCCAUGAUGCCCGACUAUGGGCUGGGAUUCUGGCAGUGCAAGCUGCGGUAUCAGACGCAGGAGGAGCUGCUCGGGGUGGCCCGCGAGUAUAAGCGGCGCGGCUUGCCGCUGGAUCUCAUUGUGAUCGACUUCUUCCAUUGGCCGUUGCAGGGGGAUUGGAAGUUUGACGAGACGUACUGGCCCGAUCCAGACGCUAUGGUCCAGGAGCUCAAGGAGAUGGGCAUCGAGCUGAUGGUGUCCAUCUGGCCCACCGUCGACAAGCGGUGCGAGAACUACGAGGAGAUGGUCGAGCGUGGCUACCUGAUCCGGGUUGACCGCGGUGCGCGCCUUGCAAUGGACUUUCAGGGGGAGACGGUUCACUUUGAUUCCACCAACCCUGAGGCGCGCAAAUACGUCUGGGAAAAGGCGCGCCAGAACUAUUACGCCAAGGGCAUCAAGGUCUUCUGGCUCGACGAGGCUGAACCGGAAUAUUCUGCCUACGACUUCUCCAACUAUCGAUACCACCGGGGCUCGAACCUCGCCAUCGGCAACAUCUACCCCCUCGAAUACUCUCGGGCCUUCUACGAGGGCCUCAAGAGCGAGGGCCAUGAGAGAAUCGUCAACCUGGUGCGGUGCGCCUGGGCCGGAAGCCAGAAGUAUGGCGCUCUGGUGUGGAGCGGCGACAUUGCCUCAUCAUGGUCAAGCUUCCGCAACCAGCUCGCGGCGGGCCUGCACAUGGGCAUCGCCGGUCUCCCGUGGCGGACGACCGACAUUGGCGGGUUCCACGGCGGCGAUCCCAACGACGAGGCAUUCCGCGAGCUGUUUGUGCGCUGGUUCCAAUGGGGCGCCUUCUGUCCCGUCUUCAGGCUGCACGGAUGCCGCGAGCCCCUCCAACCGCAGCACGGGACGACGGGCGGCGCGGCGUGCCGGAGCGGGGCGCCCAACGAGGUGUGGUCGUACGGGCCCGAGGUCUACGGCAUCUGCAAGAAAUACAUGGGGAUUCGGGAGGAGAUGAGGUCGUACGUACGCGGCUUGAUGCAGGAGGCCCAUGAGAAAGGGACGCCGGUUAUGAGACCGCUGUUUUAUGAGUUUCCCGAGGAUGCGGAGUGCUGGGAGGCAGGCGAGCAGUACAUGUUUGGUCACACAUACCUGUGCUGUCCAGUGCUGCGUCCGGGAGUGACCAAGCUCAAGGUGUAUCUCCCUCAAGGUGUCAAGUGGAGGGCCCUCGAGGGAGGAAGCGAGUUUGACGGCGGGAAUUUUUUGGAGGUUAACUGCCCCCUGGACUACAUGCCCGUCUUCGAGAGAUUGGACCGAUAG